AUGUCACCGUUGGCUCUUUCUCCUAAGACCGUUGACAUUGUCAACAUCUUUCAGAAUGACGUGGAGUUCUCCCUCGUAAAUGAGAUCCAUAAGGGCAUUAGUCCUCCCGCUGGCGUUAGGAAGUCAAUGCCAACGAUGCUUCUUUACGAUGCCAAUGGCCUCAAGCUUUUUGAGAAAAUCACCUAUGUGAAGGAGUAUUAUCUAACAAAUGCGGAAAUCGAGGUCUUGGAGACAAAUUCCAGGAGGAUAGUUGAACGGAUUCCAGACAAUGCGCAACUGCUUGAAUUAGGUAGCGGGAAUCUUCGGAAAAUUGAGAUUCUGCUACGGGAGUUUGAGCGCGUGGGAAAGCGCGUGGAUUAUUAUGCCCUUGACCUGUCUCUAUCAGAACUGCAGCGCACAUUCGCAGAGGUGUCCAUUGAUGAUUACACACACGUUGGCCUCCAUGGUCUCCAUGGAACCUACGACGAUGCCGUCACUUGGCUUAACAGCCCCGAAAACAGGAAGCGGCCCACGGUGAUCAUGUCUAUGGGUUCCUCUUUAGGGAACUUUGACCGUCCUGGCGCAGCAAAGUUUCUCUCGCAGUAUGCUAGCCUUCUUGGUCCAUCCGAUAUGAUGAUCAUUGGUCUGGAUGGCUGCAAGGACCCGGGCAAAGUAUACAGGGCAUACAAUGAUUCAGAAGGUGUUACACGGCAGUUCUAUGAGAACGGACUAGUGCAUGCAAAUGUUGUUCUUGGAUACGAAGCCUUCAAACCUGAUGAGUGGGAAGUAGUGACUGACUACGAUGCCGUGGAGGGACGACACUGGGCAGCCUACUCACCCAGGAGGGACGUCACUAUCAACGGGGUCCUUCUUAAGAAGGGGGAGAAACUCUUCUUUGAAGAGGCGUACAAGUACGGACCAGAGGAACGCGAUCAACUGUGGCGUGAUGCCAAGUUACUCCAGUCUACGGAAGUGGGCAAUGGGUCUGACGAUUACCAUCUCCAUCUUCUGACAUCCGCUGCCCUCAACCUCCCCACGUCUCCCUCUCAAUAUGCAGCUCAUCCUAUACCCAGCUUUGAAGAAUGGCAGUCCCUGUGGACAGCAUGGGAUAAUGCUACAAAGGCUAUGGUCCCUCGCGAGGAGCUUCUGUCAAAGCCGAUCAAGCUACGGAACUCUUUAAUCUUCUAUCUGGGGCACAUUCCUACAUUCUUGGACAUCCAUCUGACCCGAGCCCUGCGCGGAAAACUGACAGAGCCAAAGUCUUAUAAACUAAUUUUCGAACGUGGGAUUGAUCCUGAUGUAGAUGACCCCCAGAAGUGCCACUCCCAUAGCGAGAUCCCAGACGAGUGGCCAGCUCUUGAUGACAUUCUAGACUACCAAGAGCGAGUCAGAAGCAGAGUUAGAUCCAUCUACCAGAUCGAGGGCCUUGCAGAAAACAGAAUCCUGGGUGAGGCGCUUUGGAUUGGAUUUGAGCACGAAGUGAUGCACCUCGAGACAUUCCUGUACAUGUUGAUCCAGAGCGAAAGGAUACUUCCCCCGCCCGCCACUGAACGGCCGGACUUCAAAAAACUGUACCAAGACGCUCGGAGAAGCAUGAAAACAAAUGAGUGGUUCUCCGUUCCUGAACAGACACUUACUAUUGGCCUUGAUGGUGCUGAUACCAACGACGUACCCCCAACGACCUAUGGGUGGGACAAUGAGAAACCUGCGAGAACAGUGACGGUUCCAGCAUUUGAGGCGCAGGGCAGGCCCAUCACCAAUGGUGAGUACGCCAAGUACUUGCAAGCGAAUCAGUCGCGCAGAAGGCCAGCAUCAUGGGUCCUGACCCAUUCGGAUGAAAACUACCCCAUACCUAUGGCCGUCAACGGAAGCAGUGUCGGGGCUACGCAGGACUUUAUGUCCAACUUUGCUGUCCGUACUGUCUUCGGCCCAGUUCCACUUGAAUUUGCUCAGGACUGGCCUGUGAUGGCGUCAUAUGAUGAAUUAGCCGAAUAUGCCGAAUGGGUGGGUUGCAGAAUCCCAACCUUCGAAGAGACAAGGAGUAUCUAUCUGCACUCAGCGCUACUGAAGGAAAGAGGUGGCGUAAAUCAUAAUGGGGAGCCCAAUGGCCAUAGUGUGAACGGCUAUCUGAACGGGAUGAAUGGAAAUAGCUACUCGAAGAUCAACCCAGGCAAACCUCGUACGCCGGACCACCAGCCUGUACAAUAUCCUUCCCGGGACGCCUUGCCAGUGUUCCUUGAUCUGGACGGUCUCAACGUCGGGUUCAAGCACUGGCACCCCACCCCAGUUAUCCAGAACGGCGAUCGACUCGCCGGUCAGGGUGAACUGGGAGGCGCAUGGGAGUGGACUAGCACGCCAUUAGCGCCACACGAUGGCUUUAAAGCCAUGGAGAUCUACCCGGGAUACACCUCCGAUUUCUUCGACGGUAAACAUAACAUCAUCCUGGGUGGUUCUUGGGCUACUCAUCCCCGCGUUGCUGGGCGUACCACUUUCGUCAAUUGGUACCAGCACAACUAUCCUUACACCUGGGCAGGAGCACGCCUAGUGCGGGAUCUUUAG